GUUGCUCCUUGCUUUUUUUCCCCUCUCUUAGUGACAGCAUCCAUUACCAGAUGAUGUAUUCCUACGGGUCUGGGGUGGUGUGGGCCCUCGGAGUUGUUCCCUUCAGCCACGUGAACAUCGUCAAGUUUAAUGUGGAAGAUGGAGAGAUUGUUCAGCAGGUCAGGGUGUCAACCCCCUGGCUUCAGAGUCUCACUGGAGCCUGUGGUGUGGUGGAUGAGGCUGUCCUGGUGUGCCCUGACCCGAGCUCACGGUCCCUCCAGACCUUGGCCCUGGAGACGGAGUGGGAGUUGAGACAGAUCCCACUGCAGUCUCUUGACUUAGAAUUUGCAGGUGGAUUCCAGCCCCGGGUCCUGCCCACACAGCCCAACCCAGUGGAUCCUUCUCGGGCCCAGUUCUUCCUGCAGUUGUCCCCGAGCCACUAUGCUCUGCUGCAGUACCAUCACGGAGUCCUGAGUCUGCUCAAAACCUUCCCACAGGCUGCCCUCGUGAGCUUUGCCACCACUGGGGAGAAGACAGUGGCUGCAGUCGUGACUUGUCGCAGUGAAAUGCAGAAGCCUAGCGGUUCUGAAGAUGGGUCACUGGGGAGCUUUGCGGAGAAGCCCAGUGCUCAGGACUCACUGACUUGCUUCAACCAGACCUACACCAUUAAUCUCUACUUAGUGGAGACAGGUCGGCGGCUGCUUGAUACCACCAUCACUUUCAGUCUGGAACAGAAUGGCACUCGGCCAGAGCGGCUCUUCGUCCAGGUGUUCUUGAAGAAGGACGACUCGGUGGGCUACCGGGCCUUGGUGCAGACAGAGGAUCACCUGCUACUUUUCCUGCAGCAGCUGGCAGGGAAGGUGGUGCUGUGGGGCCGGGAGGAGUCAUUGGCGGAGGUGGUGUGCCUGGAGAUGGUGGAUCUGCCCCUGACGGGUGCGCAGGCCGAGCUGGAAGGAGAAUUCGGCAAGAAGGCAGCAAUUCAAGACGGCUUGCUGGGGAUGUUCCUGAAACGCCUCUCGUCCCAGCUUAUCCUGCUGCAGGCGUGGACUUCCCACCUCUGGAAGAUGUUUUACGAUGCUCGAAAGCCCCGAAGUCAGAUUAAGAAUGAGAUCAACAUUGACACCCUAGCCAGAGAUGAAUUUAACCUCCAGAAGAUGAUGGUGAUGGUGACAGCCUCGGGCAAGCUUUUUGGCAUUGAGAGCAGCUCUGGCACCAUCCUGUGGAAACAGUAUCUCCCGAAUGUCAAGCCAGACUCCUCCUUUAAACUGAUGGUCCAGAGGACUACUGCCCAUUUCCCCCACCCCCCACAGUGCACCCUCCUGGUAAAGGACAAGGAGACGGGAAUGAGUUCUCUGUAUGUCUUCAAUCCCAUCUUUGGCAAGUGGAGUCAGGUGGUUCCCCCACUGCUGAAGCGGCCCAUCUUGCAGUCUUUGCUUCUCCCCAUCAUGGAUCAAGACUAUGCCAAGGUGCUGCUGUUGAUUGAUGAUGAGUAUAAGGUCACGGCGUUCCCAGCCACUCGGAAUGUCUUGCGACAGCUACAUGAGCUUGCCCCUUCCAUCUUUUUCUAUUUGGUGGAUGCAGAACAGGGACGGCUAUGUGGAUAUCGACUUCGAAAGGAUCUAAGCACUGAGCUGAGUUGGGAGCUGACUAUUCCCGCAGAAGUGCAACGCAUCGUCAAGGUGAAGGGAAAGCGCAGCAGUGAGCACGUUCACUCCCAGGGCCGCGUGAUGGGGGACCGCAGCGUGCUCUAUAAGAGCCUGAACCCCAACCUGCUGGCCGUGGUGACGGAGAGCACAGACGUCCACCAUGAGCGCACCUUCAUUGGCAUCUUCCUCGUCGAUGGCGUCACUGGCCGCAUCAUCCACUCCUCCGUGCAGAGGAAAGCCAAGGGCCCCGUCCACAUUGUACACUCAGAGAACUGGGUGGUGUACCAGUACUGGAACUCCAAGGCCCGGCGCAACGAGUUUACCGCGCUGGAGCUCUACGAGGGCACCGAGCAAUACAACGCUACCGCCUUCAGCUCCCUGGACCGCCCCCAGCUGCCCCAGGUCCUCCAGCAGUCCUACAUCUUCCCCUCCUCCAUCAGCGCCAUGGAAGCCACCAUCACCGAGCGGGGCAUCACCAGCCGGCACCUGCUUAGUGAGUGACCAGGGGAGGGUCUUCGGGGUGACAGGCUCCGUAGGGUUGCCACCCUGAAGGACCCAGCUGCAGGUGCAUCGCCGGCACAAUCCUGUUUUGACCACUAGGGGAGGCUAGCGAGGCGGGCUUAAUUUCAGCAGGAAAAGAUCUUUAGUCCAGCUUUGCCGCCUGUAAGAGAUUGACACGACUC